UUUGAAAAAGAAUAUUUACAACUUUUUAGGUUAAGCUUUGUUUACUAAUUGUAAUUUAGUAAUUCUGAUGUAAAAUGAGUUUAAAGGAGAGAAAACAUUUAAAGAAGAUAAAGAAAGAGAACGCCAGGAAGAAGGUUAAAUUGAGUAACUCCAGUGAGUGUGAGGAUGAAAGCGAACAUGAACUAUAUUACUAUGCCAAUGACAGAGUAAAGUUAAUGAAGGAGAUCUUGAAGACUCUUAAAACAAGGAAAAUCAAAUCACUCACACCAGAAUCUCUAAAGAAUUUUGAUAUGGAGGAGAUAAAAACAAUGUUGCUGGAGGAGUUGCUGGGCAUCUCGAAUAAAAGACUGAAGAAAAUAUUCGAGGGUCAGAACACUGAUGACGAGAGCUCCUCCACAGAUGAGGAUCAAGCAGCUGUAGAUGUCAUUUCGCUGGAUGAGAUUUCAGAUGAAGAGGACUUCUGUUUCGUCGAUGAGAGUCCCAAUGAGAAGAAAAAGAUGGAUCCAAAGAACGACAAAUCAAAAAAUUCGAGGAGACGCAAGAUCAAGAACGAACUGAAACUGGAGAACACCAAACCUGAAGGCGAAAAUGAGAAACUGCUGAGCGUACUGGAACUGCUCGAGCUUCAGGCCAGAGCGAGAGCGAUCAGAUCUCAGUUGGCCAUCGAAGCCGAGAGUAAAAGCAGAGCGGCGGAGAAGGCGGCCAAUUCUGGUUCCGAUUCCGAUGUGAUCGUGGAGAGUCCGAAAGUCAACGAGAUCGUCAUCAGCUCGAGCGAGUCCGAGCCGGACAACAGUAAAAGCAAGAGGAAGAAGGGGCAGAAAGUUAAGAUUAUUAGGGAGAGACGCAACGUCGAAAUGGCCGUAGACGAAAAGUCUGCUGAAGAUCCGCCGCCUCGAAAUAUUAUUGUAUCUGUACAGAAAGAAACGGCAGCAUUGACUGUUGGUGAUGUUAGUGAGGACGUUAUAAAUUUGGAUGUGGUGGAAAUCGAAGGAAUCGACGAUUGAUUUAUUUUUUCAAAUAGGCAACUCCAUUUACACCAUAGCUUUGGAUUGUAAGUGGAGUUGCCUACACUUGCGCGUUAUUCAUUUGGGAAGACAGUUUUACACUAGGAAAAUAUUGCGUAAUUUUUUUUUAUUUAUUUAAAUAACGUUGCCGCAAUUUCAAAUUUCAAAGUGAAGAUAUGAAUGCUGCAUUUUGUGGACACGAGUUAUACGAGUAUUAAUGAAAUUAUAAUUUAUAUUUGUAGAUUAAUUAUAAGCUACAGAAUGUUAUAUGUAUAUUAUGAAACAUCAAUAAGUUGUAAAUUUGACAAAUAAAUUAUGUGCGUUAAUUAACUGUCAAAUAGGGUUUGUUGAUGUCAUUAGAAAUUAACAGCCACCUAAUUGUCAGUUGUAAUGACAUAAUGGGGUGUGAAUUAAUUGUUUUUCAAAUUCUGGAAUUAUCCCGUUUCUUGUUUGUGUGAAAGGAAAGGAGAGUACGAGGAGUAUUGGCGGGAAACGACGAGUGUCCCAUGUGAUAAACACGAUGCAGGAGGCAAUAAAUUUCGUCCCGUCUCAAGGUUCCCAGGUAAAAUGCCCGAGGGCACCGAUUCAUUGUAGUAAGCCUUGAAUGAUAUUACGAGCACCAAUACGCAUACAGUUCGCUUAUUAUUUGCUGUUCCUCCUCUUCAUCGAAAUAUUAUAUUAUAUUUAGAAAAAGCAAAGCAGAAGGACACCACGAGACGAAACGUAAUGGACGAACCUUGAACUGAUACACACACAUACAUGUGUGUGUAUUUCGAAAGAAUCCUAGAAAAGAACAAAAAACGAAUACAAAUAUGCGCAUAUUUCGCAACUGUAGUUACGCAUUCCUUUCGGAAAUUCGGUCGAGCCAUGACGACUCGAUGAACAAUGACACGGCCUGAAGGGUAGACUGGUGAAACGGACAGCGGCGGCGACUAAUUAAAAUCCUCCGCAACGAACCGUAGAAGACGAGAGGGAAACAAGAUUAUGUGUUUAUAUGUAAACCAGUUUCGGCGGCGCAGACCGAAAGGAUCCACCUAAUCAUGUAACAUAUAUGACGAUGAUUCCUAACUAAACAUGCGCAUCGCGAUUGGGAUCGUUGCGCUUCAAACGCUGUAAUUACGUGAAAAAUGCAAUUUGUCUUAACAAACAAACAAAUACAAAUUUCCAAGAGCAAUUACAACCGGUAUGCGCGCAUCCUUUGCUGCAGUCUCUUUCCAUUUGUGGACGCGACACUUUUGUAACGAAUUUCGAUCGUUUCUAGCUGUUGAAUUUGUUAAAUAUUUAACAAGUAAAAUGAUUAACUUUUGUGUGGAUGUACGUUCAUUGGUAAAAGUAUGCCAAGGAAGAGUAACAAAAAAAAAAUGGUUAAGGGAUAUAACGGUUCGUAGCGGAGUAGGCGUGGUGAGGGGUUACGCAUUUCUUUUUUUUUUUACGAUCAGAGAACGAUUGUCGCGAGGGGUCUGUGCAGAGAGUGGCCAGCUUUGAUGAGAGGAAGGAAGAGAUGAGAGGGAAGAUCGCUGCGUAUAAUACCCCUGCAAGGAACGGAUGAACGCUUGCGGGAAGGAGAAGGACGGACGGUCGGUUCCGUCGCGCACUAUUCUGCAUUCUUUUUGCACGGAUCAAAGCUCUCUAUCGCCGGUCGAAAGUCACGCCAGGAGCGCCGCUCGAUCUCUUCUCUCUCUCUUUAUUUUGAUUCGUCGAGUGCGAAUGCCGGUUUCUGGGGGGGCGGACGGCCGAAGAGCGCUCAUCACCAGGCGAUCUGCUACCGGUUGCUCUGCUUUCCAACAUUAUUGUGAUAUCACAAUCAUUGCUUGCGAGAGUAGCGAUCGUUGACUAACGUAUGUCUUUCUUCUUCUGCUCCUGCUGCGAGAACCGGAAGAUCGGCGCGACUAACAAAGCGUCGGCAAGGGACGAAUAAGAAGUGUUUAUGUUCUUUUGUUGCUGUUAUUGUUGUGACGCGAGCUGUCGGCACGCGAAAGGAGUCUUUGCAUACGUGGCGCGCUUUUCACCUAGCAUCAUUGCUGUGAUAUCACAAUCAUUGCGUUACGAGUAGCAGCAGCAGCAAGCGGCAAGCAGGAUUAGCUUCUGUUGCUGCCUGCAACAUCGCCGCCUCCAGCCGUGCGUUCUUCUGUUUCUGCAAAGACGAAGAAGGAUAAGUGUGUAUGUUUCUUUUUUUCUCUCUUCUUCGUUGUGUCGUUGUGAACUGCCGACACACGAAAGGCACCGAAGGAUAAUUUUUA